ACAGAGCCCAGACACUCCCCGGCUGGCGGGACAAUGGGCUGGGCUGGGUAACUCGCAGCCACCUUGCCCUGCCCCUAUCGCAGGAGGAUCUGCAUAGCUGGACAGGUUUUGUGGAAUGGUUAACCCGAGACAAUCUCACCCUGAGCCAAUCACAGGCGGCAGCAGCAAAUACCUGCAGGAUUAGAGCCACUGCUCCCCACAGCUCUGGCUCUUUGGCCCCGGGAGCCUGGCCAGAGCCGCUGCGUCUCCCCGAGCCAGCGUGGGCCUCGAGGACACUGCCAUGGCGCUCCUGGUGCCCCUGGUUCUGCUCUGCCUGGGGGCAGCUGUGUGCCCAGGGCGAGGGGCGCCGGUGCCCAGCCAGGAGCAGGUGCUGCAGAGCGUGUGGGCCCUGCUGGCGUCGGGAGAAGGCUCUCUGCCCCACGCUGCGCUGGACUCCCUCUUAAGUAUCCUGGCGGCCCGUGUGCAGUGCCCAGCAGUGCCGUGUGAAAAGUGCAUCUCCGUGCCGGACAUCUUCAUGCUCGUGGGCAAGGCAGGGAUGGGCGACACCAACCUCACGGCUACGGAGCUCCCGCAGCUCGGUGCUGGCAUGCUGCUCUACCUGACAGACCCCGUGGCCACCUGCGCUGCAGUGAGGGGCGGCCAGUGGGUGGCCGAGGCCAGGGCCUUCCUCACCAGCUUCUCCAGCGGGAAUCCUGCACCGGGGCCCACGGCGGAGAAAGUGGCGGAGCUGCUGGGAGGCUUGCGGGAGAAUUACAGAGACGCAGACAGGCACCAGCCGUGCCUGGACGCCGGCCACGUCCUGCAGAAGAGCACCGCAGUCUCUGGCCAGGUGGCAGCUGACAUGGCUGGGCAGGUGCUGGUGACGAUCAUGUACCACGUGCUGCUGGGGGACUGCUUCCACGCCCUGCCGCCCCCCCACUAUUUCCUGGGGUACAUCUUCCGUCGCUACGGCAACGAGUCCCAGAACCUGACGCUGGCAGGCCUGAGCGCACUGAUGGCCAAGCUGGCCUUGGGGCCAGAGGACGAGCACACGGACCAUCACCAUGAUGACGAAGCACACGCCCAUCACCAUGAUGACGAAGCACACGCCCAUCACCACAAGGAGCCCACGUCAGCUCCCCACGCCAGCCAGCGCCCCGGCAACCUCACGAACCCCGACGAUCACGUGGACCUGCACCACGGCGACACGCCCAGGCGGCUGAGACGGAGCCUCCCUGGGCAGAGGGAGCCGGACGAGCCCCGUCUCGUCUGGGACGCAAUGUGUCUGAGCCCCGGCGAGCUCCUGGAGAUUUACAGCCUCAACCCCGAAGCAGGGAUCUCUGGCUCAGACUUCACCAGCCUCAGCCCAGCUCUGAUCCAGCAGCAGCUCAGCAGGGCCUGUUCUUCCCGUCACCUGAGUGCCCCCGGCCGCCAGCUGACCAUGGCAGAGAGGUACAUCUAUGGCUCGCUGGCCACGCUGGUGAUCUGCCUGUGCGCGCUGCUUGGCAUCGUCCUCCUCCUGUGCACCGCCUGUGCCAGUGCCUACCCUUACAUCAUCCAGGGCUUUGUCAGCCUGGCCGUGGGCUCGCUCACCGGGGACGCCCUGCUCCACCUCAUCCCCCAGUUCCUGGGCCUGCACUCGCACGCGGACGAGGGGCACGUGCACGGGGCUGAGGAGGCCGGGACCAGGGACACCAUCUGGAAGCUGCUGGCCGUGCUGGGUGGCAUCUAUGCCUUCUUCCUCCUCGAGAAGUUCUUCAGUGUCCUGGGGGGCGACGAGCCCAAGGAGGAGGCUGGCAGGGGGCACCCGCACGACCACGCCAUGUCCCUGCAAGUCUACCAGGCCGAGCAGAGGAGGAAGAAGCAGGAGAAAGGCGCCUCGCAGGCUGACCUGGUCACCGCGGAGGAAGCCAGUCUCAGAAAAACGGGGCAGAGGAGACGCACCCGGGAGCAGCGUAUGAUCCCCUACAUGAUCACCAUCGGUGACGCCAUCCACAACUUCGCCGACGGGCUGGCCGUGGGGGCUGCCUUCUCCACCUCCUGGAAGACGGGGCUGGCCACGUCGCUGGCCGUGCUGUGCCACGAGCUGCCGCAUGAGCUAGGGGACUUCGCGGCCCUGCUGCACGCGGGGCUGAGCGUCAAGAAGGCCUUGUUGCUGAACUUCAGCAGCGCCCUGACCGCCUUCCUGGGGCUCUACGUCGCGCUCUCGGUGACAACGGGCGAGGAGUUCCAGGCCUGGAUCUUCACCGUGGCCACGGGCCUCUUCCUCUAUGUGGCCCUUUGCGACAUGCUGCCGACCAUGAUGAAUGUGAAGGACAAGCGGCCCUGGCUGCUCUUCGCCCUGCACAACCUGGGUCUGCUGGGGGGCUGGGCCAUCCUGCUGCUGCUGUCCCUGUAUGAGGAGAACCUCACCCUGCUGUGACCCCUGCCCGGCCCCAUGGGCCUGAGCCCACAGGGGGCUGCUUCCCGGGGGCAGGCGGCACAUCAAGCAAUGGGCAUGACUGAGGGGGGCUGCUCAUUACUGAUGACCAGGGACCAUCUGCCAGCGGUGGGGUCACUGGUGGGGAAGGGGCACUGCACAGAGCACCCUGUGCCCCUGUCGGUUUGUGCUAUUUAUUGGGAGAGCAACACCCCCCGGGCCCUGCGUGGGCACUCAGAGGGAUGACACCAUUCACACCCGGCCCCCGAGCCCUGCGCGGGCACUCAGAGGGAUGGUACCAUUCACACCCGGCCCCUGAGCCCUGCACGGGCACUCAGAGGGAUGGCACCAUUCACACCCAGCCCCCGGGCCCUGCAUGGGCACUCAGCGGGAUGGCACCAUUCACACCCGGCCCCCGGGCCCUGGACGGGCACUCAGAGGGAUGGCACCAUUCACACCCGGCCCCCGAGCCCUGCACGGGCACUCAGAGGGAUGGCACUGUUCACACCCACCCCCGGGCCUUGCACGGGCACUCAGAGGCGAGGCACCAUUUACACCCACCCCCCGGACCCUGUGCUGGCACUCAGAGGGAUGGCACCAUUCACACCCAUCCCCUGGGCCCUGCGCUGGCACUCAGAGGGAUGGCACCAUUCACACCCACCGCCCGGGCCCUGCGCUGGCACUCAGAGGGAUGGCACCAUUCACACCCACUCCCUGGGCCCUGCGUGGGCACUCGGAGGCGAGGCAUCAUUCACACCCACCCCCUGGGCCCUGCGCGGGCACUUGGAGGGAUGGCACUAUUCAUACCCACCCCCGGGCCCUGCACAGGCACUUGGAGGGAUGGCACCAUUCAUAUGCACUCCCCAGGCCCUGCGGGCACUCAGAGAUGAGGCACCAUUCACACCCACCCCGUGGGCCUUGCCCAGGCACUCGGAGGGAUGGCACCAUUCAUACCCACUCCCCGGGCCCUGCACGGGCACUUGGAUAGCACCAUUCAUAUCCACCCCCCGGGCCCUGCGCGGGCACUCAGAGGCGAGGCACCAUUCACACCUACCCCCUGGGCCCUGCACAGGCACUCAGAGGGAUGGCACCAUUCAUAUCCACUCCCCGGGCCCUGCGAGCACUCAGAGGGAUGGCACCAUUCAUACCCAGCCCCCGGGCCCUGCGCUGGCACUCAGAGGGAUGGCUCCGUUCACACCCACCACCCGGGCCCUGCGCUGGCACUCAGAGGGAUGGCACCAUUCACACCCACUCCCUGGGCCCUGCGUGGGCACUCGGAGGCGAGGCAACAUGCACACCCACCCCCUGGGCCCUGCGCGGGCACUCAGAGGCGAGGCACCAUUCACACCUACCCCCUGGGCCCUGCACAGGCACUCAGAGGGAUGGCACCAUUCAUAUCCACUCCCCGGGCCCUGCGGGCACUCAGAGGGAUGGCACCAUUCAUACCCAGCCCCCGGGCCCUGCGCUGGCAUUCAGAGGGAUGGCUCCAUUCACACCCACCCCCUGGGCCCUGCACGGGCACUCAGAGGGAUGGCAGCAUUCACACCCACCCUCUGCAGCUGAAAUAGCCUUUCCCCACCCCGCCCACCGAGGCUCACCCAGACUAGCAAGGAGGAGUGGGUUGAGGAAGAGGACCCCAGGGCAGCCACCCCAAACACAGAUUUCAGGGACACUCCUCCCCCGCCCCAGGGAUUGCCCCUCCUGGCCCACAGCACUGCUCGCCCAGCGCCCUCCGCUCCCUGGGACUUGGCUCAGGUCCUGUGGCCCUGCCCCCACGCUGCUGGGAACAGCCCCUCUGGACAGGGAUGGCCUGGGGCUCCCUGGCAGGCCCGUCGCUUGCUCAGCCUGUGGCCCAAGGGGGCCUGAUUUCACACAGUCCCUCCGUGGACCCCAAACUCCCCCCACAGGCCCUCUGCCCCACGCCGAGCCCACGCGGCUGCUCAGUGAAGGAGCCACAUGCCGCCCCUGCCCUGCUGGAGUGGGGAGAGGGGAAGGGGCUGGGAGGAGGCCACCAAUUUGGUUGUGCCGGGGGAUCCGUGACUGCUCAUGCCAGGCCCCAGUCCCGCACUGGCCCUGGCCGGGCUCCUGCCCGUCUGCACCAUGGACAAUAAAACGAUGUGUCUCCCAGGCUCUCUGUGCCGUGCUGUGGGCGAGGGUGGGGCUGUGAUGGGCCCGGGGCAGGGGGGCUCCAGGAAAUAAGCAGGCCUGGCAGUGGGGGUGGGACGUGCCCAGGCACCUGUGCCAAUGGGGCCCAGAAGUGGCUGAAGGUUCCCACCCCCUCUGGCAGCUGCUUAGAGGCUGUGCCAGGGGCUGGCAGGUCACAGGGCCAGUCCUCAGGAAGGGGCAUGGCCUCGGCACUGAGUUUUCUUCUCCCCCAGGGGGUGCAACACCCCUGUUCUGUCCCAGGGCCCCACCCCCGCUCUGCCUCUUCCUGCCCCCACUCUGCCCCCUCCCUUGAAGCCCCACCUGCCCACUGCUCCCUGCUCUCCACCCUCCCUCAAGCACCGCCCCGAGCCGUCCGAACAGCUGUGGCUGGUGGGUGCAGAACACCUAUUUUUUUCCAUGGGGGCUCCAGCCUCGGAGGCACAUAUGAGGCACAGCCCCAACCCCCAGCACCACAGGCCCUGGGCCAGGAGCCACGUGGGCCAGAGUCUCAGGAAAUCUCCCAGGUCAGGGAGAGGCUGGUUUCCAGCGGUACAGCUUGGAGCCCUCAGGGGCCACGCAGCCCUGGCAGCCAACGAGCCAUGGCCCUGAGCACGCACAGUCCCUCUGUGUGCCCCAGGGCUGCUGGGAAACCAAGACCCCCUCCAUGGGUGUAGUUUGAUGUCAAUCUGGGGGGGGGGGCAAGGGGCUUAAUAAUAUGUAGAGGUCUGAUUUCCGGAUUCACCAAACGUUAGUGGUAGUUAAAUUACAAUGGACUUGAAAUCACAAAGACAGGUUACAUUCCUUAUUUAAUCACUUUUUAUUUUAACUUAAUUAUUUGCCAUGUUUACCAGCUACCACUUAGAAAUCAACAUUAACAUAAAACCAAAUUCUUGAAUAAAGAGAAGCGAGCACUCUCGUGUGAUUACGAAUCA